AUGACGCAGUGGUCCUCUUUUUACUUCACACACCCAACAUCGUAUUAUCCUGCACCCUCGACACAAAUUCACUUUCAAGAUUUUCCAAGGAUGACCCAACAAAACCUGCCUGUCAUGAGUUCAGCUCACCAAGAUCUGAUGAGAAACUGGGCAAACACACACAGUAAGUGUAUUAGACAAUGCACCAUCCGACAAGAAACCACCAAGUAUAAGGCUGGCACUCUUCCUCUGAACAUGUAUCAGACUGCUAUCCACCGGGGAGAAUGGCUAGAGUUUGCACCAGUUAAAAGAGUAGAACCCGAAUUUUUAAAGGAAGAGGGAAGAAAAGGCGCGCCUACAUCGGGGGACCCAGGAGACGAUCAGCUCUCCGAAUAUGAUGACAACUCCUCCGACAACGACUCUGAUAAUUUUGGAGUGGAGGAAGAUGGUGCCACUCGUGAUAUGCAGAACGAGGAACUCGGUUGCCUUUUUGCAUCAUGCAGAAUGCAACGUGAAGGAAUAGUGAAAAAACAAACAAGGCUUUGCUUUGGACGUAAUUUUUCAAAAUGAAACGGUAUGUAACUUUUGUUUAAGGAAAAACGUUUUCCUUUUUUUCCAUGAAACGUGAAAUGCCUAUUUUAUUUUUCGUGAAUUGUGAAAGGACCGUUUUAUUUUUCGUGAAACGUGAUCUAGACCCCCCCUUCCUUUACACCCUGCUGAGUGGCAUCUCCAAAGCUUAUGAUGUCUAUUUUUGGCUGGGGAUGGCAGACUCAACAAAUGGAAGACAAGGUGAUUAAUAUGGUUGAGAUCAAGUCGUCAAGAAAUUUGUUACAAUUUUGUGCCUUAGCAUUUUGUAUUACAUGAACUUCAUUUCUAUCUCUGUUUGCAAUUGUAUUUACCAAGUGAAAAAUAGAACAAAUAACUAUUCAGAUUGUAAGUACAUAAAUUUAUGUUAAAUAAGACAUGUAAAACUGUACAUGUAUGGCUGCCAUUUUUAGUUAAAGAGAGGUGAUCGAAAGAGGGGUUUUUGUGUCUUAUCUAGGGUACAACAUAUAAUCUUUUGUUGAGGAAUUUUUCUAAUCUCACCUGCGAGGCAAUCCACAAGAACUGGAUUCAGAGGUGCUGUUGAGGGGACAACAACAAACACCUCACAAUUCUUAUUGUGGUCCCCAAAUUUUUGUUUCAUUGCAAAGAAAUACAAAAUCGUCCAUAUCAAAGGUACAUGUAUCAUGUAGUGAUAAACUUCCAAAUUAUCUAUAAACUAAUAAUGGUCAUUGCCUAACUAUCAGUGCAUAUUAAGUAGUCGAGUCUAUGGUCAAUUAAGCGUUUGAUCACGUUGAAGAACUCCGUUAUUAUUUCUUUUUUUCAUUUAUAUAAAAUCAAUUUUUUUAGUGCAUAGAAACUGUAGACAAAAGCGAUGGAUUGUCUUACUGAUCAAAAGCUUGCACCUUCAAAAAAUAUACAUUAUAAAGAAUAUAGGUAAAUUGGAAACUAGUCAAAGGGCAACCAGGUGACGUGGCAUCUUGAUUAAUGUAAUAAAUCACUACAUGUAUAUAAAUUAAUUGACAUUUUGAACUGUUUUCUUCACAGACCAUGACUAGCUUAUAAUAUUUUCUGCAACUAAACAGCAUAGUUUACACGUCAUUUUAAUUUCCUCCAAAACAACUUAUUACAUAAACAUCAGGAAAUGUAAUUUCACGACCACAGUGAAUUAACAAGAGAAUCCAGUAAAGAAAGGAUGAUAAGGAUUGUAAGUCAGUUUCCUUUAUGCAAUUACAGGGCAGUCCCUUGAAGAUAUCAGAGGAAUGACAGAAGCAACAGAGAGGGGAGAGGCAGCCCUGGUCUCAUUAAGAUCUGACCGGUUUGUUGAUGAUCAUUGUUAGUGUCGUUAUUAUUGUUAUUGUUCUAAUUAUCUGUGACAGUGUCAAAAGCUCAAGUUUACAAACAUACAUGUACAUCUAGUAAGAAGAUGUAAUGGUUGGUACAGCUAUAGUCACUGGAGAAGUUUGAUUCCAUUUACAACCCAGAGUUAAUGAUAUUUGUCAAGAGUAAUUUUUAUCUCAUCCUUAUGACAGCUGUGACAGCAAAUAUCAGAGGAGAGACCUUCUCCUGCAACAGAAGAUGGAACUGGACGAAUCGAUGAGAAGGGACAGAGAAUAAGGUUAAUUCAAUGAAAUAGCUUCUUUUGAAAUUUUUAUCACCUCUUAGUUCCAGCUAGAGCAUGAAUACAUAUAGUAAUCAGUUCUUCAGCUAUAUAAUUGCACAAACGAUUGUUACAUUUACCUAUUGUUUAGUCUCAUAUAAUAGGGACCUUAAGCAAGGUCGACGAGAAGCCCUGAGAACGACAACCGCAAGUGAAAAUACCACUUAGCGCACUACUGCGCAUGCUUCACUCAUAAUCCACGUGAAGUUGCGAACCAGGCCGAACGUUGUGAGAUUGUGAGUAUAAAUUUAUGUAUUUUCAUCUUGUUUAGGAAGAGAAUUUAUGUUUGGCUUUUGAAAUGAAAGUUAGAUAUUCCUUAGUUUCUAAUCUUUGCACAGUAUUGAAUCUUACUAUGAUUUUGAAACAUUGCCAAUGAAAUCACAUUAUGGGAUGGCUAAGCAAGUGCUGAGGUAUUUACAGGGUACUUAUAACAGAUUCUUAAAGUUUGUUCAGGGAUCUCAGCUGAAACUAGUGGGAUAUUGUGCACCAGAAGCACAAGCGAACUCACACCUCAACACUGCAAGAAGCUGGAGAGAUGAUGAAAUCCGUUUCUGGGUACCUUCAAGGCACUGUUCAAUCAGUGCAGAUAUUACUGGGCACCAGCAAGGAGACCAAUGGACCUGAAGGAACUGUUGCAAGCAAGACAAUCAGGUCUGUUAACAUGAUAAAUCAGGGACUGGCAAGGUUACAGAGCAACAUCGCAAAAAUAAAUCCAGAACUUACAGUUAAGCCUGAAGCUCUCCUCACCGUGAAAGUCGAGAGCCUCCUAGCAGUUUCCCAUUUCAAACAUCAAAUAUGUAAGCAGUUACACUACGCCAGGGAUUUUGAGACUACAGCCCUGGAAUCAGCAAAAAGAAUGACGCAGUGGUCCUCUUUUUACUUCACACACCCAACAUCGUAUUAUCCUGCAACCUCGACACAAAUUCACUUUCAAGAUUUUCCAAGGAUGACCCAACAAAACCUGCCUGUCAUGAGUUCAGCUAACCAAGAUCUGAUGAGAAACUGGGCAAACACACACGGUAACUGUAUUAGACAAUGCACCAUCCGACAAGAAACCACCAAGUAUAAGGCUGGCACUCUUCCUCUGAACAUGUAUCAGACUGCUAUCCACCGGGGAGAAUGGCUAGAGUUUGCACCAGUUAAAAGAGUAGAACCCGAAUUUUUAAAGGAAGAGGGAAGAAAAGGCGCGCCUACAUCGGGGGACCCAGGAGACGAUCAGCUCUCCGAAUAUGAUGACAACUCCUCCGACAACGACUCUGAUAAUUUUGGAGUGGAGGAAGAUGGUGCCACUCGUGAUAUGCAGAACGAGGAACUCGGUUGCCUUUUUGCAUCAUGCAGAAUGCAACGUGAAGGAAUAGUGAAAAAACAAACAAGGCUUUGCUUUGGACGUAAUUUUUCAAAAUGAAACGGUAUGUAACUUUUGUUUAAGGAAAAACGUUUUCCUUUUUUUCCAUGAAACGUGAAAUGCCUAUUUUAUUUUUCGUGAAUUGUGAAAGGACCGUUUUAUUUUUCGUGAAACGUGAUCUAGACCCCCCCUUCCUUUACACCCUGCUGAGUGGCAUCUCCAAAGCUUAUGAUGUCUAUUUUUGGCUGGGGAUGGCAGACUCAACAAAUGGAAGACAAGGUGAUUAAUAUGGUUGAGAUCAAGUCGUCAAGAAAUUUGUUACAAUUUUGUGCCUUAGCAUUUUGUAUUACAUGAACUUCAUUUCUAUCUCUGUUUGCAAUUGUAUUUACCAAGUGAAAAAUAGAACAAAUAACUAUUCAGAUUGUAAGUACAUAAAUUUAUGUUAAAUAAGACAUGUAAAACUGUACAUGUAUGGCUGCCAUUUUUAGUUAAAGAGAGGUGAUCGAAAGAGGGGUUUUUGUGUCUUAUCUAGGGUACAACAUAUAAUCUUUUGUUGAGGAAUUUUUCUAAUCUCACCUGCGAGGCAAUCCACAAGAACUGGAUUCAGAGGUGCUGUUGAGGGGACAACAACAAACACCUCACAAUUCUUAUUGUGGUCCCCAAAUUUUUGUUUCAUUGCAAAGAAAUACAAAAUCGUCCAUAUCAAAGGUACAUGUAUCAUGUAGUGAUAAACUUCCAAAUUAUCUAUAAACUAAUAAUGGUCAUUGCCUAACUAUCAGUGCAUAUUAAGUAGUCGAGUCUAUGGUCAAUUAAGCGUUUGAUCACGUUGAAGAACUCCGUUAUUAUUUCUUUUUUUCAUUUAUAUAAAAUCAAUUUUUUUAGUGCAUAGAAACUGUAGACAAAAGCGAUGGAUUGUCUUACUGAUCAAAAGCUUGCACCUUCAAAAAAUAUACAUUAUAAAGAAUAUAGGUAAAUUGGAAACUAGUCAAAGGGCAACCAGGUGACGUGGCAUCUUGAUUAAUGUAAUAAAUCACUACAUGUAUAUAAAUUAAUUGACAUUUUGAACUGUUUUCUUCACAGACCAUGACUAGCUUAUAAUAUUUUCUGCAACUAAACAGCAUAGUUUACACGUCAUUUUAAUUUCCUCCAAAACAACUUAUUACAUAAACAUCAGGAAAUGUAAUUUCACGACCACAGUGAAUUAACAAGAGAAUCCAGUAAAGAAAGGAUGAUAAGGAUUGUAAGUCAGUUUCCUUUAUGCAAUUACAGGGCAGUCCCUUGAAGAUAUCAGAGGAAUGACAGAAGCAACAGAGAGGGGAGAGGCAGCCCUGGUCUCAUUAAGAUCUGACCGGUUUGUUGAUGAUCAUUGUUAGUGUCGUUAUUAUUGUUAUUGUUCUAAUUAUCUGUGACAGUGUCAAAAGCUCAAGUUUACAAACAUACAUGUACAUCUAGUAAGAAGAUGUAAUGGUUGGUACAGCUAUAGUCACUGGAGAAGUUUGAUUCCAUUUACAACCCAGAGUUAAUGAUAUUUGUCAAGAGUAAUUUUUAUCUCAUCCUUAUGACAGCUGUGACAGCAAAUAUCAGAGGAGAGACCUUCUCCUGCAACAGAAGAUGGAACUGGACGAAUCGAUGAGAAGGGACAGAGAAUAA